GUUGCAGGACUCCAAGCGUGUCCUGAUUGGCCCAUGCGCAGUUAAUGGACAUCGUCCAAGUUGGAGACAGACUUGUAGUGAAGUCUGGCAGUCCGAGCUGAGGGAGUGGAAGCGUACGACAAGAAUCAUGUCUUCCAUGUUUUGUAGAGUCCUUUCCCUUCUUGUGGUCUUUCUCGGUGGACUGAAGGCAUCAAGACCAGCUGUGAAUCAGGAGCUCUCCACUCUUUUCAAUGAGCUGUGGAGGUUGGACGUGAAUCGCUUGAGUCCUGGGCUCGACUACACAAUAUCUGUUCAGGGCAGAGCCAGUUUUGUGAGCCAGGGCAGCCAUGUUGUACGGGAUCACGCCUCACAGCCUCUGUUCUCCAACGUCAAUGAGAUCAAAUUGAAGAACAUGACCACCACCUCCUGGUUCAUGAAACUCUUGGAUAACUACGAGCACUCCACAGGCGUGACUGAGCGAGUCACAACAGAGGAGCAGAACGAGAUUAAUCUCUUCCUGGAUGCCGUCUUACAGACCGAAGUCAUGAAGCGGGCUCAUACCUACCUGGUGAGCAAAGGAAAGUCCAACUCUGACUUGAGAAUGUUUAAACGUCAGUUAAACUUGAUCUGGUUCAACCUUUACCGCAGACAGAGGAACACGGGCCUGGACUCCUCUGGAUUCGAGCAUGUCUUUGUUGGAGAAACUAAAUCUGGGGCAGAAAUCAUUGGUUUCCACAACUGGAUCCAGUUCUACCUGCAAGAGAAAAACAGCCACUUGGACUACAAGGGAUACAAAGCCAGGGAUCAUGACCUCCCCGAUCAAGACGACCAUGUUCUGAACCUCCAGUUCAGCUGGCACGGUCUGGUGAAGCCCGUCGGCAGCGCCUUCAUCGGGACCAGCCCCGAGUUUGAGAUGGCACUCUUCACCGUCGUCUUCCUCAUGAACACAGAGAGGAGCACCACGGUGCUGGUCAACAUCGACCAGUGUCAGAUGGAGCUGGUGGUCAUCAGACACGGACGCUCCCUCGGCACCGCGUAUCCCAAGCUGCUCAGCAGCAACAGCAGACAUGUUCGGCAACACUCCCACUGAAUUAACCUCUGAUGCAAAGUGACACCUGCGUCCUCGAGAACGUGGCGCACAAAUAUUCUGUGGUUCGAUUAAUACGGAAAAUACCUGCUUGAUACAGUGCAGGACACAGACAUGUUCACGACUCUACUUUUAAUCAGGGCUUACACUUAUUGCCAUUAUGCUGAAUAACAAUUUCAAUUAAAAAAAAUCUAAAAUUG